CACUAUUUCUAUUUUAUCUUAAUCUUUCUCUACUAUGACUUCUGGCGGAGCUAUCGCAGGAAUCGUCGUCGGGUCGGUCGCCGGCGCCGCAUUAAUCUUGGCCAUCGCCUAUGUUGCCAUCCGUAACAGCAGGAAGCCACGGGAAAAGCCCAUGCUGGAAAUGGCCCUUCCCAAUACUGUCGAGUCUGAUGACCCCGAAAACCAGACUUCGUCCAGUGUCAGCGUUGAGACGCCGACUGGCAGAAAACACCAGGCACCGGUUCGCCCCGCCGCCGCUGGCAAUCCAGACCAGUCGUCCGACAUCGCUAUUUUUGCCAGUGCUCCCGUCAGCUAUCCAACUGUCGACAUUAACACACCCACGUACAUAGCCGCUAACGAUGCGUCGAGCAGCAGUAACUCUGUGCAUAGCAGCGGCCAUAACCAUCAGGACGACCAUACGGUACCGGGCCCGGUCGCUGCAGAUAGCGGCACGAAUAAUAUGGGCACAAUUGCUGUUAACGGUGCAAAUGAUAUGGGCGCAACUGCUGUUAACGGUGCAAAUGAUAUGGGCGCAAUUGCGGCUAGCGGUGGGAAUGAUACAGGCACAGUUGCAGUCAACGGUGGACACUAUAUGAGCGCAACUGCAGGUAGCGGUGGGAAUAAUACAGGCACGAUUGCAACUACUGAGGUACCGGCGACGUCCGGUGCUGGGGCUGUCAGCAGCCAUCAUGGCACAUCGUCUGCUGCACCUACUCUCCAAACAACCAGCCAUGGCACCAGCAAUACCCAGCACUCUUCGAACUACGGUACCAGCAAUAAUCAUCACUCCUCAAGCCAUGAUACCGGCACUCACCACCACUCCAGCUACGACUACGGGUCGUCAUCGUAUGAUAAUUCUACGAACUAUGACACGGGGGGAGGAUUCUCGAGCGACUGGUAGUUGCUCUUGUAGUUAUCGUAAAAAAAAGUAAAUGAAAGAUGAGCAUGUG